UGUCCAUUGUUGAUAUGUGGCGGCUUUUACCAUGCGCCUGUUUAUAUGAAGUUGGAGCACCGCUCCCAUACCAUUUCAUGAAGAGUUGAGGAACUUCUCUCCCUGCCACGCGCUUCAUCACAUAACCCAGAAGCCAAAUUCAGACAUAACCCAGAAGCCAAAUUCAGGCUUGAGCAUCCUCUAUAUCCUCUUACCAACACGAUAAGAUCAUUGCUCCCCCCGCAAUGGCGGGCCUUCAUAUGAAAAUGGGGAUCCUCAGGCUGACUUUGAUACAGGUCCUCCUCUGCGAGAACGCACUCGCCCUAUUUCACCAGCAACACGCUCGCCUUCACGACACUCACCCAGAUUCGGUAUCUCUUGGUCAACUGAACGUCCGGGCUUUACUCCUCGACAGUCGUGAUAUAGCUUGCCUAACAGAGACGGCAAACGUAACCGUAACAGUCAGGGCUACGAAAGGAUCACAGCAAACACCGCCACCAGCAUUAGAUACUCAGGUUGCCAACGUUAUCACCAGCACCGAAGCCACUGGGACAGUAGUGAUCUUGCCAUCUUUAACUGACACAGCCCCCCAAACAUCCGGAUACGUUGCAACUGGUCUUACAGCAUCGGGCAAGGUUACGUCUUGCCCUCUUAUGCCAAACCCUAUCCCGACGCCUUCAUCUCUCAUCGACUCAGCAGCGCCUGCUACUUCAGUUGCACCGCUUCCAUCCGCACCAAUGCCUUCCGGAGACAUCUUUUCUGAGCCCAUCGGGACCGGAGCGCCCCCGGGCACCAUCUCUGCCCGCAGUGACCAUCCGGUUCCGAGGAAGGGCAUCACCUCGACUUCGCCGCUUCAGACAAACAAGUUUUACUCCAACUUCUUCCUGGGAGACCAGACGGCGCCGACGUACACCUACCCUUACGGCAUAGCAUGGGGGGCAGGACGAGGGGCCGCUGCCAGCUACGGCAUGACUAUUUCUCACAUCGAAGCGAAUCAGCGUGUCUUCGGCCCGACCAAGGCGGAUUCUGGUGCUGCGUCUUAUUUCAUUAACCCGGUAGGUAUUCAAUCAAUGGUAAUCAGCGCCCAGGAGCUCGGGUCGGACACCGCGGUGGGGAUCGACAGCGUCACGGCCUUCUCUGCGACAAUUCACCUGAAGCCGAAUGCUCAAGCUGUGCCAGCGGUGUCUUUCCCCCUUGUCCAAGGAAUGCCCUUUAUCACAGCCCAGUAUGCCGGCGCCACCCCCGUGAUCCGCACGGGAGUCUUCUUCAGGACGGUUACGCGGGUGACACAGGACCCCAAGGCCGGCGUUGCCAAGUACACUUUCCAGCUCGAAGACGGUAAGAUCUGGCGGCUGUACGCAUAUGCGACCACCGGAUCCCAGCUCAACCUGCAGGUUGUCAAUAACGGUCUUGCCCAAUCAACGCAGCCGUUCUACGGAAUCAUUCAAGUCGCCAAGGAUCCCGGAAACGGAGAGGCAUUGCUUGACCAGGCGGCCGGUGUUUAUCCCACCACAGUCGCGCUGUCUGGUUCUGUGAGCGGCACCUCGGGCUCGUACACGUUCAAGUUUGCCAAGGAUGGUCACCCUGACGGCAAGCUGGUCAUGUACGCGCUACCGCAUCAAGUCUCCUCGUUUGAUUCCACGACGAAGAAUGGCGUCCAGCCCGUCCAGCUCAUGACCCCUGCCAAGGGAAUUGCGACUGCAGUUCUGGCUGAUCAGUGGACGAUGCAAGAAGCGAACUUGCCUGUUAGCAUGGGUUUCGCACCUUGGAGUCCUGACAAAGGCAGCCUCACCACGCUGUCAGACAAUGCCAAAGUGGUGAUCCGCGGGAUAGCAGCCCAGGAGGUAUCCCAAGACAUGAUGGCUCAGUCUGACCUAGACUCCAUGUACUUCAGCGGAAAGGCCCUGGCCAAGUUUGCCAUAUUGAUUAUUGUGAUCAAUGAUAUUUUGGGAGACCCGGCAUUGGCACAGUCAGGCCUGAACAGGCUCAAGGCAGCGUUUGCAACGUUUGCUACCAACAAACAAAAGUACCCGCUGGUAUAUGAGAGCGCUUGGGGAGGUGUCGUGUCUUCGGCAACCUACGUCACGGGCAACGACGGCGCCGACUUUGGCAACACGCAGUACAACGACCACCAUUUCCACUAUGGCUAUCACAUUCUUGCAGCCGCGGCCAUUGCUCAUUUGGACCCGAGCUGGCUGGCAGCGAACAAGGACUAUGUGAAUGCCUUGGUGCGAGAUGUGGCCAACCCCAGCACCCAAGAUACCUACUUCCCUACGUGGCGUGCUUUCGACUGGUACCAUGGCCACAGCUGGGCACACGGUCUAUACGCCUCGUACGAUGGAAAGGACCAAGAAUCAAGCUCCGAAGACAUGAUGCACGCCUACGCCCUCAAGAUGUGGGGCGACGCCUCGGGCGACAGCAUGCUCUCGUCGCGAAGCAAUCUCCAGCUCUCCAUCAUCGCCCGCGCCCUCCAGGACUACUACCUCUACAAGAGCGACAACGCCGUGCAGCCGCCCCAGUUUAUCGGCAACAAGGUGGCCGGCAUCCUCUUUGAGAACAAGAUUGACCACACGACCUACUUUGGCGCUAAUAUCGAGUUCAUCCAGGGUAUCCAUAUGAUUCCCCUCCUCGCGCCCUCGCCCUUUGUCCGCACACCGGCUUUCGUAAAGGAAGAGUGGGACGUGUACUUUAGCAACGGACGCGUCGAUACUAUCGCGGGUGGUUGGAGGGGUAUCAUCUAUGGAAACCUUGCGACGAUUGACGGUAAGACGGCGUGGGACUUUUUCAACAGCUCGAACUUCGAUCCUAGCUGGAUCGACGGCGGCGCGAGUUUGACGUGGUACUUGACGUAUGCAGCAUUGAUGGGCAACGUCUAAAACGUUUUCCAACGUCACAACCCACAUGGAAACACAUCAGUCCUAAUUAACACUCAUACGACUGGUGGACGAAAUUCACGACACGAAGAUUAGAAGGGCGGCACCAUUCGAAUUCGGGUUUCUCUAUCCUCUUCCUUUUCCUUUUCCUUAUUGCGCGUGGACGAAGUAAUGACGACGAAACAACAACGAGCAACGAAGCAUGAAAUGAAAGAGAUGGGAACCUCAAUGACAAAACACGACACGAAGUUCCUACGACACACACACACACACACACACACACACACACACGCCCAACUCAAACAAAACCUAGAACUAUUAUCUUUUUAUGAAC